UGAUUUUAAUUUAAUUUUGGAACAAUAAGGCCAAGCAGGUCGUUUGGUUUUGUAAACUUCUAUAUCGAUUGGUAAAAAAAUUGAGAAAUGGAUUCUACCUUAAAUAUUGAGGAGAAAAAAAUUGAAACAAAAAAUGGAAGCCAAAAAGUUAACGCUGAUGUAGUUAAAAUUACUUCCCAAGAUUACGAUAACCUCAAUGGAAAGCAAUUAGAAUCUGAUAUUCACAGUGAUUUUGAUAAAUCCGUCAUUCCAAGAGAUAAUGAAGAUGACAACGAUCUAAAAAUUGAAGAAAGAGAAAAUGAAGACUUCAAUUCAGAAGACAAAAAUACAACAGAUUUAGGAGACAACCCGUCUAAACCAAUAGAAAAGCCGUGUUUAAAUAUUGACUCAUCAGUUGCGGAGAAAACUCUUGAGAUGGAAAACCCCAUUAUUAUUGAUUCAUCUAUUAAGACGAACCCAUCCAUAUCUGUGGAAAAUUUGUCCACCAUUUCUGAGAAUAAUUUAAAGUUGGAUAUAGUAGAUGGCAAUACUAUGGAUGAAAACUCGUCGAAUUCAGAAAAGGCAUCAUCCGAAGAAGAUGGGUUAAACAUUCUAAAAGAAGGCGAGGAAGAUAAAAGGACCGACGUUUGUGUAUCACAGGACAACACUAAAUAUUCGGCAGAAAAAAAUGUCAAUGAAGAAACAACCAGUGCAUUCGAUUUGAAGACCGAAAACUCUAAAGCAGGCGGUGUUUCGCUAAAUGAAUCUAAUGCUAUUGAAUCUUUAAUCAUUGCAUCUGAUUUGACGAUCGAAAACACUAAAAACAGCGUUGCAUCGCCAAUUAAACCGAAUGUCAAUGAACAAAUAACCACUGCAUCUGAUUUUUCGGCCGAAAACACUAAAGCAGACGGUGAUUCGCUAAAUAAAACUAAUGUCAAUGAACAAAUAACCACUGCAUCUGAUUUUUCGGCCGAAAACACUAAAGCAGACGGUGCUUCGAUAAAUAAAACUCAGAACGAAUUUAAUAACCAAAUUCUGGACAUUAUAUCGGAUAUAGAUAUAAAUAUAAAAGCACAGGAAAAAAUAACGCAGCUAAAAGAGCAAGAACUGAAACUCAUUCAGAAACAGAACGAUCUGGCAAAUGAAAUCCAAAAGCAGCAGAUCCUAGCUAAGCAGCUCAGUGCACAAAAUCAGCUUACACAAAAUAAUUGUCAAAGUGGAGAGCUCGACUUACAAAGCCAAUAUAAAAAUGAGCGCUGCGGACCCACCUCGACACUGUAUCAGAAAAAUAUCUCCAGUAAAGAAUCCACUAAUGUGUCAAAGACGGUCGAUUUGCGAAAAAUAUUUACACCUGCGACCGAUGCUGCUGAAAUAUUACCCAAUCGAAAGCUAUAUGCCUCGUCUGCAUUUUAUUCUCCAACACUACACCCUACAGUGGAAGACCAAGUCGAGCUAGCGCGAAGAAUUUCACAUUCUUUAAGCGAUAUCAGUAACCAAACCUCUAAGGGUCAGUCAAUGUAUGUCAAUCGCAAAAAACGGUCAGACAAAUGGGUUCAUGAAGGUAGAUCUCAAGGGAAUGAUGCUAUAAAUCCAUAUAAAGAAAAUUCUGAAACAAAUUCCACAAUUGAACUUAAAAAGUUGGAAAAAAUACCCCUAAAGCUUAUAAUGAACCCAAAUGGAAAAGUUCGUGAUUAUAAUUCGCUAAAGGAAUUGAUUAAUGUAGAAGCUGGCCUUUUAUCGCCUGACAAUUGCGCUGAACUAAUAACUGCACUUCAACUUCAUCAAGGACGAGAACUUUUUGCGAAACGCCGCAGAAAGGCUGAUAAUUGGGUUGUCGAUGAAUCCCAUUCAGGGACUCAAUAUCAUCCAUCUGGUAUUCCAGAUUUCCAGCAGUAUCACCAAAGGCCGGUUCUAAGCCCAAACAUUUUGCCGGCGUAUUCUGAUGCUGGGAAGCAUCGCGUCCAAUUAAAUAUUCAUCAAAAUCAGCUAAUUGAGAGGUAUUCAAAACCAGGACUGCAGGUCGUCCAGUCUCCUUGGAAAGCAGCUUUGCAAACUGGUUCAGCGAGCUCAGCGUUUCUAGAGGAUACCAAAGACCAAUGUUUUUCACCUCCUGCUGUAUCACCAAUUCCGUAUUCCCAAACUUGUUGUAAGGACUUGACGGACGCUAUUGAUCCCAUGCCAUAUGGUUCUCCGAGACACCAUACAAAUGCAGUUGCUUCUUCGUCACGAUCAGUCAUUGUACCCUCGAAUCCACAAAGGGAUCUCGCAUAUACACCAUGCGUUGCUCAGGGCUGGGGAAGCCGAAAUGUGGAACUACCGAAAGAUUCUUUUCAAUGUAACGAAAGUGAAUCAUCUUGGCAGACUCAAACCCAUUUCGGGAAAGCAGAUGACAGCGAUCAUAGCUUAAAUAAUAAUAUAUUCGGAGAGAGCAUGGCAUCUAACUUUGCUUUUGAUGUGCAAAAUCGAUUACAUUCCCUAGAAAAAUUUCAAAAAUACUUUUUGGAUUACCAGCGCCUUGAAAACAGGGAAAGUGCUUGUGAAUUACAGCCCGAGGCUUAUGAAAGCAUUAACGAUUUUACACCACAACAUGAAUUUAAUGUGUUAAGCGGCGAAGAAUUAAAAGCCAAUUAUGACCUAGAUGAGAAGGUAAAUGUGCGUGAACUAAUUGAGUCGUUUGAGAAACAAAGUACAACGAAACUAGGACAUGUCCCAGCACCAAUAGAAGGCAAUGAAGGCUUAUACGUUCCGAAAGAAAUAUCUCUUUCUAGCUAUGCAGCACCCCCACAACAAUGCGGAGGGCACGCGAAACAUUGUGAACGGUCAUACGACGACACAUUUUCGCACACGUUACCAAGGACCAACUUUUCAGCUAAUAAAAAUUCGUUUGGAAAUACUGGCAUAGGAGAAUUUCCUUUAUCAAAGCCAUGGGCAACUGGAUUUAAUACUGGAACCCCAAAUCAGGAGCCUUACUCACCGCCGCCUAGCUAUACAAAAAUAGUACCUGGGCUCGAAAAAGUUUCGUCUGUGAUCAAAUUUAACCAGACACCUCUACCCCCAGAGAAUUUGGCUAGGUAUGAACAACCCGACAGGAGAAGCUUGACAAGUGGAAGUCCACAGUACCUAAAUGCACUACAAAACUCUCAAAUACGCAACCCAUCGCCAAUACCUUUUAAAACUUCUUUGAAUGAACAGACUUCGUGGCCUCCAAAAGGCCUACUAAAGGGAACUCCGAUCUCUCCGCUGCAGAACCACGUUCAAACCUUUAACAAAUGUGCCAGGGGUUGGCGAUCUACACCAGUCAAGCAACAGUCCUAUUCAAGUCAAUACACCUCACCAUUAGCUGGAAACUUACCGUACUCAGAUUUUUAGGUGUUGCUUUAGCAACUAAGCGAUUUACGACAUAAACCAAUUAUUUACACGAUUAUAAAAAAAAAUAUUUAAUGUGUUUGUUUAUUUUUCCUUUAAAAUUAUAAUGGUACUGCAUCGAAAAAUAAAUGCAAUUGUUUAACUUGC